CCGCGGCCUCGGACCUGGCUCAUGUCAAGCAGCUGGCGUGCUCCAUAGUGGAUCAGAAGUUCCCAGAGUGCGGUUUCUACGGGCUCUAUGACAAGAUCCUGCUCUUCAAACAUGACCUGUCGUCCGCCAACAUCCUGCAGCUGGUGCAGGUGGCCGGAGACAUCCAGGAGGGGGACUUGGUGGAGGUGGUGCUCUCAGCCUCGGCCACCUUUGAGGAUUUCCGGAUACGUCCGCACGCCCUGAACGUGCAUUCAUACCGCGCCCCGGCCUUCUGCGACCACUGCGGGGAAAUGCUCUUCGGCCUCGUGCGCCAGGGCCUCAAGUGUGACGGUUGUGGCCUGAACUACCACAAGCGCUGCGCCUUCAACAUCCCCAACAACUGCAGCGGGGCCCGCAAGCGCCGCCUCUCGGCCACCUCGCUGGCCACCUCGCAGUCCCUGCGUCUCGCCACCUCCGAGUCGCUGCCCUGCGCCUCCGACGAGCUGGUAAGAGUCCCCGCUGGGUGGGGAUGGGGACCCCGGAGCUCCAUGGAGACCUUGCCCCGUCGGCUCACCAGCACCUCCUACAUCGGGCGCCCCAUCGAGCUGGACAAGCUGUUCCUGUCCAAGGUCAAGGUGCCCCACACCUUCCUCAUCCACUCCUACACCCGCCCCACUGUCUGCCAGUUCUGCAAGAAGCUGCUCAAGGGGCUCUUCCGCCAGGGCCUGCAGUGCAAAGACUGCAAGUUUAACUGCCACAAGCGCUGUGCCACCCGGGUGCCCAAUGACUGCCUGGGCGAGACGCUCUUCAAUGGCGGGGGUGAGUGGCAGUCGUGCGCGGGCGGAGGUGAUGGUGACGUGCCCAUGGAAGACGCCAGCGACCUGAGUGAUGCCGACAAGAACUCGCUGAUGGACGAAUCGGACGACUCGGGCAUCAUCCCCGGCUCCCACUCUGAGAAUGAGCUCCCUAACGUGUCCGGUUGUUCUCCCCCCCCCCCCCUCCCCAGCUCCAUGGGCUACAUCCCGCUGAUGCGGGUGGUGCAGUCGGUGAGGCACACGACCCGGAGGUCGAGCACGGCGCUGAAGGAAGGCUGGGUGGUUCACUGUAGCAGCAAAGACACCCUGAGGAAGCGUCAUUACUGGCGGCUGGACUGCAAGUGCAUCACGCUCUUCCAGAACAACACCUCCAGCCGCUAUUACAAGGAAAUCCCGCUGUCUGAGAUCCUGGCGGUGGAGCCGGCCCAGACCUUCGCUCUGGUGCCGCCGGGCGGCAACCCGCACUGCUUCGAGAUCGUCACGGCCAACGCCACCUACUGUGUCGGGGAGAACUGCGCCCCCGCCCCGUCCACCGCCAGCCAGCAGCACAGCGGGGUCGGGCUGGAAGUGGCCAUGGCCUGGGAGAGCGCCAUCCGCCAGGCCCUCAUGCCCGUCAUUCUGCAGGAUGCUCCCAAUCCUCAGGGACAGGCCCCCCAGAGGCAGGCAUCGCUCAGGAUCUCCGUGUCCAACAGCCAGAUCCAGGAGAACGUGGACAUAGCCACAGUUUACCAGAUCUUCCCAGACGAGGUCCUGGGCUCAGGGCAGUUUGGAGUUGUCUAUGGAGGGAAGCACCGUAAGUCGGGCCGGGACGUGGCAGUGAAGGUGAUCGACAAGCUGCGUUUCCCCACAAAGCAGGAAAGCCAGCUUCGCAACGAGGUGGCCAUCCUGCAGAGCCUCCGCCACGCAGGCAUAGUGAACCUGGAGUGCAUGUUCGAGACGCCUGAGAAGGUGUUUGUGGUCAUGGAGAAGCUGCAUGGGGACAUGCUGGAGAUGAUCCUGUCCUCGGAGAAAGGCCGGCUGCCCGAGAGGCUCACCAAAUUCCUCAUCACCCAGAUCCUGGUGGCCCUGCGGCACCUGCACUUCAAGAACAUCGUCCACUGUGACCUGAAACCGGAGAACGUGCUUCUGGCCUCCGCCGAGCCCUUUCCCCAGGUGAAGCUGUGUGACUUCGGUUUUGCCCGCAUCAUCGGCGAGAAGUCGUUCCGGCGCUCGGUGGUGGGCACCCCGGCCUACCUGGCCCCCGAGGUGCUGUUGAACCAGGGCUACAACCGCUCGCUGGACAUGUGGUCCGUGGGCGUCAUCAUGUAUGUCAGCCUGAGCGGCACCUUCCCCUUCAACGAGGACGAGGACAUCAACGACCAGAUCCAGAACGCCGCCUUCAUGUACCCGCCCCACCCCUGGCGCCAGAUCUCGGCCGGAGCCAUCGACCUGAUCAAUAACCUGCUCCAGGUGAAGAUGAGGAAGCGCUACAGUGUGGACAAGUCCCUGAGUCACCCCUGGCUCCAGGAUUACCAGACGUGGCUGGACCUACGGGAGCUAGAGACCAAGAUGGCCGAGCGCUACAUCACCCACGAGAGCGACGACGCCCGCUGGGAGCAGUUCGCCGCCGACCACACCCUGCCCUACCCUGCCCACCUGCGGGCCCCCCGGAGGCCGCCCCCUGAGGAGGAGGAGGAGGGGGAGGGGGAGCUGCAGGGGCUGACAGAGAGGGUCAGCAUUCUGUGA